AUGGCACCACAGCGUGACGACCCGCUAGCGGACGAGCUCGCUCUCGGAUGGGGAGAAGAUACCAUUUACUGUGAAGCGACUUGCGACCCCGACGAUGUCUUGUACGAAGGAUCAGAAGACGAAAACUACGAUAGCCCUGCCUCACGAAAGCUCCGAUACGAAGCGGCAGGCCAACGAUUUCUUGACGGGAAAACUCCAUUCAUUUUGACUGCAGGGCUCAAAGGCCCCUUUGAAUCAGCAAACUGGUUGAAUCCCUGGCGAUCAAAGCAACGUACUGGAGCCCCGGUGAUAAUUAGAACCUCACCUGGGAAGCUGGCUAGGUCCGCCAAGGUCAAGCGCAAUCUAUCGAUGCCAGAGACCCUUCCCCCGCACGACAGUUUGGAAUGCCACCUCCCGAGCCCCGAAAGCCUGAACCAGACUUCUGAGACCGAAACGCACCCUUACCUUGAAGAUGAUGAGUUGGUCAAGGUUCAACAAUGGAGGGAUACUGUCAAGUCAGAGGAGGGACUGAAAGAUGAGUUCUGGUCGUCAAACACUCAAACAUCGGCGUCUGAGAGAAAGAGAAAAGCAAAUGGUUCUUCGUGGUUGAAACUCUUGGCGAAUAAGCGUCAACGAAAAGACAUUAUGGAAUCAGGCUCUGUCGACACUCCGAUCCGAAACAGACCCCAAAUUCCAACACCAACUACUCCGACAAUGAACAAGUCUACCACAAGUGCUCCGGAUCACUUGCCGUCCUCAACUGUUGCAACAGGACGAUGUUUCUCACAGCUCCGGGACGACCCUGAUAUUUCAGAAGAUGAGCUAUCCCGUGAUGACACCGCAUCAGACCACACUUCCGCAGACUCAUCAUCGCCCUUAUCGCAGUUACCGUACACUCCGGUUCUGGACCCAGAAGUCAGCUUCCUAUCACAACGCACCCUUCAGCAACAAACACCAAGCAAGGCUCCGGUAUCCCAACAGCGGCCCAUCUCUGAACAGCCGGCUGCAGCGCCACUGAGUGCUAUACUGAACAAAAAUGUCACUGGCCCAGCUUUUGAGACACAGGAAGAUGAAAGUUUUUGCUUUAAAAUGCGACCAAGGCUAGAUCCAGUUCCCAAGACCACCUCGGAUGAAGAUGAAGUUAUGGCGGAAGACAACGAAGACUCUUGGUCUGGCCUUUCUUCCCACGACCAGUAUAUGGACAGUAUUGCUUCCAUAUCCGAUUUGCAAGAUGGCAGGCCAGUAGAGGACCGUAUUCAUCCUCAGAUUCUGGAUGCACCCUCAUGUGACGCCACAAACCCAUUGCUAUCGACUUCAAGUGAAAAGCUCAAUGAAGUCGAGCAUCCUCAGGAAUCAACGGAUAGCACUACCGACUCGUCGUCCUCAGCAAACAGUUCAGUAAUUUCUGAUUCUGGGCUUUCUGAAGAAUCUCAUUGCAACUCGACCGCUGCAGUUGCUCUGGAACUUGUUAAUGAACCUGAGCAAGACAACAUUGCUCAGGAUGUGGAUGUGGAUAUGCAAGAGGCACCUGAGAACGAGAAAGACCUGACUAUUGCUGAGCAUCUCGAGGCUAGUGACACUGAGUCAGGAGAUGAAUCCGAGGACGAAGAUGAGAGCGAUAGGGCCAGCGAGAAGAAUACUCUGGAUAUCAAGUCACCAUCGGCACUGUCCAACAACAAGACACCACAAAUCUCGACCGUAGAUCAAGAGCUGAAGACAACAUCUUCUGCAACUGGGCUAUUGAAACCCGGUAGUUGCAAUCACCCUUCUGCAACCGCGACUCCUCCGGAAGAAUCACAGCCCAGUGGGGGAAUCGCCGCUCCGUCGGGCCAAGCGACGAGUCCCGUGAUUGUCCAAGAGAAGGAAACAGAAGUCAUUUCAACUCCCAAGGCGAUUAACACUCGUCUGGAUUUCAACUCGAGCCAGCCAUGGAAUCACGACACUUCGCCGACUAUUGUCAUCACUCCUGUGGACGAACAUACGAAGCAGCAAUUAGAUUAUUCGGCUUCAAAGGAAAUUGCUCCAGUUCCUUUCUCCCAACAGAGUCCUUGGGCAACGAACAAGCUGUCUCCUGGACUGUUGCAUACAACAGACUCGGGAUCAGGGCAAUCGCAGACGAAUAUCGCUGUAGUUCCAGCCAGUCCAGAAGAGCAAUCUCCAUGGACAGGCAAGGUGGCGGAUCUACCAGUCGACCUUUUCCAGCAAACACCCGUUGUUGGGAAGAAGGAUCGAGAAGUACUUCAUGAGUCUACCACGCCGGCUAUUGGUGCUCAAGCCAAUGCUCAUAUGCAGAAGGAAUACAUACCUGCGACUCCUGUCAUGGCAUUAACGCCUGAGCCCCAAUUCUCGGUCAAAUCGUUUGCCUCUUUUGGGUCAAAUGAGCGCAGCUCUAAAACCAAGCGUGCAAUUUGGAGGGAGUCAGGUGGUCUUCCCAGCACACAGGCCAUAUUGGCUUCAGCAAUCAAGAAUCCGUGGGAAACCAAGAGUUCUGAGCGCCGUGUCUCCUUUGCGCCAUUACCCAACUGGCGAACUUCAGAAUCGAGCAUGCCCGCAAUGCCAUGCCCUUCUCUUACCAAACGUCAGGGCUCCCCGCCACCGGAUACACCUAUAUCUGAAUUGCCCACGUCAGAUGGCGACAGAUUCCAGAAACACUUCAACGCUGUCUCUCAAGGGACCAUCAUCCGGCGUAACCAGCGUCUCUUGCCAUCAGAAUCACAGUGCACUGUCGGUAGCCCCUUGCCAGAUGCUAUGGCUAAUGCAUUCAUUGCAUCAGACCAACUGCGACAACCGGUAACUUCUACAGAUCCUGCUAAGAGCGAUCUCGAGACCGAAGAGUCGCAAGAUCCAUUUGAUAUGGUAGCAGAUAUUAUGCUCGAGCAAUUUGAUCCCGUUGGUAGCACGAGCCUCACGAUACGAUCACCUAUCUUGAGUCAAAGACACCAAAGCCCAUGGUAA